AUGGGUGACGCACUGCCUAGCAAGUACAAAGCGGCAGUCUACGACCAACCAGGCAAGAUAUCGACCAAAGUGGUCGAGUUGGACAUGCCGGAACCCGCUGCGGGAGAUGUGUUGAUCAAGCUCACCCAUUCAGGAGUAUGCCACAGUGAUCUUGGAAUCAUGCUGAACAAAUGGGCGCAGCUGCCAUUCCCAACCGAAGUCGGCCAAGUCGGUGGCCAUGAGGGCGUUGGCGUCAUUGUCAAAAUGGGACCAGGAACAGAGAAUUCUGAUGUCAAGGUGGGAGACCGCGUCGGAAUCAAGUGGCUUGCUGGUAUAUGUGGAAGCUGCCCACCCUGCCUGGCUGGGUAUGAUGCCGCCUGCUUCAAGCAAAAAGUCUCCGGGUACUAUUGGCCAGGAACAUACCAGCAAUAUGUGACCAGCUCCGCCACUUACGUUACCCCUAUACCAGAGGGUCUUUCCUCUGACGCUGCUGCACCACUGCUAUGUGCCGGUGUUACAGUCUACAGCGCCCUCCGCAAGUCAAACACACAGAGCGGGGAAUGGGUGGUUCUUCUUGGUGCGGGAGGUGGCCUCGGCCAUCUCGCUGUCCAGAUGGCGUCUCGUGGCAUGGGUCUUAGGGUGAUCGGAAUCGACAAUGGAAGUAAGAAAGACAUUGUCAUCGAGUCCGGAGCUGAGCACUUCAUCGACUUCACGGCCAGCAAAGACGUGACGAAAGAGGUGAUGGACCUGACAGGAGGGCUCGGCGCCCACUCUGUAAUCGUGCUUACAGCAGCCAACGCUGCCUAUACGAUGGGUAUGGACCUCCUUCGCUUCGGAGGCACCCUUGUCUGUAUCGGCAUCCCGGAGGGUGACCUCACAGCUAUCAGUACAGCCUACCCACAGAUUCUGAUCGCAAAGUUGCAAAAGAUCGUUGGUGUUGCGGUCGGCAAUCGGAAGGAGGCCAUCGAGACCCUUGAACUUGCCGAAAGAGGCAUCAUCAAGACGCAUUUCAGGACCGAGAAGCUGGAGAAGCUUACUGAGAUUUUCGAACAGAUGCACAAGGGUGAGCUCAACGGGCGUGUAGUUCUGGACCUACAAUAA